AUGCAGGGACUGCAGGCACUGCUGCCAGCUUUGCUGUGGGCACUGCUGUCAGCAGUGACCUUUGGAAAAUACCUGCAGUCCCACGAGAGGACGGAUGUCAUCCUCGUGGCCAUCGAGGCGUUGGGAGAUGCCAGCAUCCUCGACCAGCAGGUGCCCAGCAGCCUGCUGGAUGUGGCCUUGGAAGACCCGAACGUCUGGCUGACGGACGCGCCCAAGAUAGUCACCAGCAUCCUUGAGAGCCUGCCAUACUGCAGCACACAGGCAGCGUGGGAGAAAGCGGAGUCACUGCUUCACCUGAUGACCAACCUGUACCCCACCACAGUGGUCAUCCUCCUGUGCAAGGCGGCUCUUCAAGGAGACAGCACUGCGCCGGAGCUGUGGGAGCUGAUGUCCUCCAUGCCGGAGACGCUGGCCAAGAUCUUGGAGGACUUUGCCAACCUGCUGCACAGACAGUGCUUCCACUGCUCCGCAGAAGGCCCCCGCACCCAGCCCAUGGCUUCAUCCUCCAGGAAGGCUGAGUGGGAGGAUUUGGCUGACGAGCCCGACAUCGAGAGCCACCAGGGCUGUCCAAACGAGAGGACGGCCAGGCUGCUGCUGGAAGGGCUCAUCGGGCUGUCACAGAGAGCCGAGAUGGCCAGAAACAUCGAACUCUUCCUGCCGGGCAUGAUGAAGAUCCUGCAAGCUGGCAGCGAAGAUGCCCAGAUGAAGAUCCUGCUGGCCUUGCGAAACGUUCUGCGUCAGCUGAAGAAGACCAAGGCCAGCUUCAUCGCUGUGCAGCUUGUGGGGAGGCUCCUGCCCCUCUUUGACUCGGAGUGCAGCGAGCUGCGAGAGCUCUCCAUCCGCAUGCUCACGGAGCUGCUGCAGUUGGUGGUCGGCAGGGAUGAGAAGAGGAUGAGGAAGGAGGUGUGGCGAGCACUGGUGCCUCUCCUCUUCCGCAUGAGCGACCAGGUCCCCAGCGUGGCCAAGGUACAGGUUUGA